AUGGCCGACCGGAAAAUCGAUGACCACGAUUCCCUGGAUAGCGAUUGCCGUGACAUCCGUUCUCGUUUUCCAGGACUGGAAGUAUUUUUCCCUUGCGCUGCAAUAAGUGGCAUAGAUCACGAAACACCGAACGAAUGCUGUCAACUAAUCGAACAGCUGGCCAUCUGGAACCAGGUCCUCGGCUAUUCUGGUUUUCAGCUUCGAGAGAUAACGGUUCCCGGAGAAGUCUCGCUGGUACGAGUUGCCCACGAAGGAGACCAACAGGAACUUCACAGCCGUGACGCCAGACUCUUGUUCUACUCAUUGUUAUCCCAGCACCGGUGUGUCGUAGGCCUCGAUCUCGACGACGCCCUGGUCGAAGGAAGCGGGCUCGGAGAGUGCCGAGACCGAGUCAUCUGGACGCUCCAACAAAACAACAGCUUGCGGUCGCUAAGCCUCGCCAGUACAUUCAACGACUACAGAUUCAUCCAGGAGGACUUGUUCUCGGCAAUCGGCGCGGCGACGCAACUGCAACGGCUGGAUAUCACUGCUACCGGAGAAGUGGGGCCUGGCCUGACGGAUUUGCUUUGCUCUCUGCUGUACGAGGCGCGUCUGUCGACUUUGUCCAUUUUGGGGCUUCAUUUCAACGAACAAACUACCGAGCUCCUGCUGGACGCACUGCGGGCGAAUACCACACUCGUUGAGCUAUCUUUGCACAGUAGCGUUUUGUGGUGUAAAAACUUGGCUGACGUGCCAAAGUUAUGCAGUUAUCUCGCCUCUAAGGCUUCGCUGCGGCAUCUGACCUUAGGCGUGACCCACUGGGAGCCUGUGGAGAUGUAUAAAGAGAUUGAGCAUGUGUUGGUAGUGCUGGCAAAAAGCGGCAACUUGCAGACGCUGAAGCUUUCUGGCUUUCUCCUGGAUGGAAACUGCGCAUGCGCGCUGUCCCGACUCGUGGCCCAACAUGGCAGACCGCUGCGAGAACUUGACAUCGGUGACUGCAGGUGGACAUCGGAUGCUUCAGCAAAGAGUGAUGACGAUGUGACGGACUGGGACCAACCAGGGACCUCCUCUACUGUACCGGUCCACGCCUGGCUGGCGCCAUUCGACGAUAUGACGCAGGUCACGCUUGUGUCCCUCUCGAUCAACCUCGAGGGCUGGAAGCCAGAGGACUACACGGUCCUUUUUUUCGCCGCUGCUGUCAUCGAGUCCCUCAAGACCAUUGUGGUUAGCGGUGUGUAUCUAAGCGCACUACCGCGAGUAUGUCGCACGAUUCGUGAUGCAGGAGUGGGCGAGAAGGUCCACAUGAAGAAUGAAUACGUGAUCAGUCCGGUGACGCUCACUUUGCCCGAAGACUGCCGGGAGCAAAUUAACCACAUUGUCGUGAGUUCAUAUAUUGAUCGGAGCAUGGACUUGUUUUGCAAGAGCGUACAGUUCAUGUCUUGCUUCCACAAUCUAAAUACGCUAGGACUCUUUCUCUCCCAAGAAGUUCUUGACGACGUUCCCACCAUGAGGUCGUUGUGUAGCUACAUAAAAGCUGCCACUCUGCUGAGGGAGCUCGAACUGGGAGGCUGCCAUGAUCCGCACCUUCACGACUCUCUUAGGGCAGAAAACGAACCCCACAGCCUACUUCUGGACGUUGCCUUCUCCAACCAGGGCCUACGAGCUGUGAGCAUUAAUCGUGUACACUUUGGCGAGGUCAACCUUUGCUUCCUGGUCCAGGCGGUGUUUUCCAACGAGAUGAUUGACCAGCUCGACGUAUCUUCGUCGGACAGUUCGGAGAAUGAGGAGUUGUUGCGACUCUUUGCCACCGGUUUCGAGACCAAUCAAACCCUGUUGCGUAUUCGCCUUCCUAACUGUGGCGGUGACUAUAGCGAAGUCUUGAGAAGAGCCAACGUCGAAGCCAUUAUGAGUCGUAACGUGGGCCUACGUCACGUGCGCCGCGCACUAUGUGGCUUGGAAUACGGACCAGAGACGGUGCAUGAAGGCGCUGCUAUGCGUCUCGAAGAGCCCAGGCACUCAUUGACAAGGUUAAAGAACUCUUGCAGAUUGACGAGGAUGACGCGAAAAAAAUUGGUCGUAUCUCGGUUGUCCGAGGCGUCUACACUUAGAUGAAAUUUUU